GAAAUUCCUUGUCAUAGCUAAUUGGACAAUGCAAGCAAUUUCCAAAAGGGUCAGCGAAGAAGAACUUGGACAGGGGUUUGGGAUGGGGGUCAUACUUGAUCCCAUUACACCAUCAAGAGAAGUAGUACAUCGACCAUCGAUAAAAGAAGUGGACGAGUAUGGCUAUUUCUUAAUUGGCUAUACUGAUCAAUUCAAGUAUUUUUGGAUCUUCAGAAUGCCGCCACGCAGAGAUCCUCAAGUCGCAGUCGAGCAGGACCAGGCUGUUGUGGUCAGUCGGUUUCGCACCUAUGAUCCGCCCCAUUUCUCCAAGGAGAAUGGCCCGCUAGUCGUGGCCGAGUGGAUCCGCAAAAUGGAGCGGAUCUUUCGUAUUAUGGGUAUUUCUGAGGCGCAUAAGAUGGCUUGUGCCGAACUGCAGAUCGAGGGUGCCGCAGGAGAUUGGUGGGAGGAUUACUGGCGUCUCCGCACCGAGGAUGAGCGUGAGGCCAUGAGAUGGUCGCAGCUUAAGACGCUCAUGGAGGAUAAGUUCUACCCUCGCCAUUUCCGUCAGAGGAUGGUACGGGAGUUUUCUGCCCUCAAGCAAGGCCAGCGAUCGGUGGAUGAAUACGAGCGUGAAUUCGCUCGUAUGAGU